AGUCCUCCUCCAACUUUCAACCAUCACCUCUCCACUCCCAUCCGAAGUCGCCCUUAAUCAUCUGUGAAGAUGUUCAAGAGCGGCAUUUCCUCCUUCGCCCGGGCGGCUCGCCCUUCCUUUGCGGCGACCGCUCCUCGCGCCAUCAGACCUUCUACCUUCAGAUUCCCUGCCUCCAGCAGAUUCGCCAGCACUGCCGGUGUCGGUGAUGGAAAGAUUUACCAGGUCAUUGGUGCCGUCGUCGACGUCAAGUUCGACACCGCCAAGCUCCCUCCCAUUCUGAACGCCCUCGAGACGACAAACAACGACCAGAAGCUGGUUCUUGAGGUCGCGCAACACUUGGGUGAGAAUGUCGUCCGCUGCAUUGCCAUGGACGGUACCGAAGGUCUCGUCCGUGGCCGCCCUGCCACCGACACUGGUGCCCCCAUCACCAUUCCCGUCGGUCCCGCGACUCUUGGCCGUAUCAUUAACGUCACUGGUGACCCCAUUGACGAGCGUGGCCCCAUCAAGACCGAGAAGCGCCUUCCCAUUCACACCGAGCCCCCUGAGUUCAUCGACCAGUCCACCACCGCCGAGGUUCUCGUCACUGGUAUCAAGGUCGUCGAUCUCCUCGCCCCCUACGCUCGUGGUGGAAAGAUUGGUCUCUUCGGUGGUGCCGGUGUCGGCAAGACCGUCUUCAUUCAGGAGUUGAUCAACAACAUCGCCAAGGCCCACGGUGGUUACUCCGUCUUCACUGGUGUCGGUGAGCGUACCCGUGAGGGUAACGAUCUGUACCACGAGAUGCAGGAGACUUCCGUCAUUCAGCUUGAUGGCGAGUCCAAGGUCGCCUUGGUGUUCGGUCAGAUGAACGAGCCCCCAGGUGCCCGUGCCCGUGUUGCCCUGACUGGUCUUACCAUUGCCGAGUACUUCCGUGACGAGGAGGGACAGGAUGUGUUGCUCUUCAUUGACAACAUUUUCCGUUUCACCCAGGCCGGUUCCGAGGUGUCUGCCCUUCUGGGUCGUAUCCCCUCUGCCGUCGGUUACCAGCCCACCCUCGCCAUCGACAUGGGUGGUAUGCAGGAGCGUAUUACCACCACCAAGAAGGGUUCCAUUACUUCCGUCCAGGCCGUCUACGUCCCUGCUGACGAUUUGACUGAUCCCGCCCCCGCCACCACCUUCGCUCACUUGGACGCCACCACUGUCUUGUCCCGUGGUAUCUCCGAGUUGGGUAUCUACCCCGCUGUCGACCCUCUUGACUCCAAGUCUCGUAUGUUGGACCCCCGUAUUGUCGGCCAGGACCACUACGACACCGCCACCCGCGUCCAGCAGAUUCUCCAGGAGUACAAGUCUCUCCAGGAUAUCAUUGCCAUUCUUGGUAUGGACGAACUUUCUGAGGCUGACAAGCUCACCGUCGAGCGUGCCCGUAAGAUCCAGCGUUUCCUGUCCCAGCCCUUCACCGUCGCCCAGGUUUUCACUGGUAUCGAGGGUAAGUUGGUCGACCUGAAGGAGACCAUCUCCUCCUUCAAGGCCAUUCUCUCUGGUGAGGGUGACAACCUUCCCGAGGGUGCCUUCUACAUGGUCGGUGACUUCGCCUCGGCCAAGGAGAAGGGUGAGAAGAUUCUGGCGGAGUUGGAGAAGAACUAAACGAUUCGCGACGAAAAUACCAAAUGACGUCGAGAGUUGGGGCGUUGAGCCUGUGUAUAGAAGAGGAACGAUGGAACGGGGAGGUUUCUUAGCUCAAUCCAAGUCUCUUUUGUGAGCUGUGUACCAAGAAAUCUACUUAAUUCCUCUUGUAGUUGAGAGAAUCUCCUUAUUUCUUCAGCCGUU